AAGGUAUCCCGAGCUGCUUCCGCUAUGCUGCAGGUGGGUCGCUCAGGGCUUGACGCGCCUUUAGUCCGUGCAGCCUUGCGUUUGGGGUGAAGCCGCAUAAAAGCGUUUCCAUAAUGCGGGCGUGAGGUGCUCCUUGGAGUAAACGGAGGGGAUCCGGGAGGAGGACCGCGGAGUGUUAACCGGGGAGGGGGGGAAGCCUGCGUGACAGGCGGCGACCAGAAUAAUUAAAAAAAAAAAAUGUCGAACCGUAAGCACCGGGACAACCAAGAGAUCUGCGCCCGCAAGGUCCGGGAGCUGGCCCAGUCUGGAGUAAACAAACACUGCUUCGAGUGCAACCAGCCCGGGGUGACUUACACCGACAUCACCGUGGGCAGCUUCGUCUGCACGUCGUGCUCCGGAAUGCUGAGAGGCCUCAACCCUCCCCACAGAGUCAAGUCCAUCUCCAUGACAACUUUCUCCCAACAGGAAGUAGAAUUCCUCCAAAACCAUGGCAAUGAGGUGGGCAGAAGGACGUGGCUGUGCGUGUUUGACCCAAAGAAUGACGGCUGCUCCGACAUGAAGGACUCACAGAAGUUCAAAGAGUUCCUUCAAGAUAAAUAUGAAAAGAAAAAAUGGCAUUUUUCCAAAAGUAAGAACCGGAGAGAUAUGGAGGGUCCUUGGAGUCCAGGGGUUCAGGCUAUGCCCCCUUCUCAUGGUCCCUUAGCGAGCCAGGGGCUAUCCCAUAAUAUGCCUCCAAAUGCCAGAGCCACGAGACCACUGUCUCAGUCCCAGCUGCCGUCUUGGGAUCGAGCCCCCGCCAUCUCUCCCGCCGACAUGCGGACAGACGCGUUCACGGCUCGGCCGUCGCGCUCCCAAAGCUUUAGAGACCCCCCUCUGAAAGAUCCCACCCUGUGUGGGAUAGAAAGACAGCGACCAGGCUCUUUGUCGUCAACACUGGGAGGUCAGAACCACGGUCCCUCAUUCCCCGCCCUUCCACGGCCUUCAGCCAGUAGCUCGUUCAAAAACCACUUCACUUUAGGUCGGACAGUGUCGGCCUCGGGGGCUACGGGCCCCUUCAGGGCCUUCCCCAAGUCUCUGAGCGUGGACUUUGGAGGUCUGAACCAUCCCCAACCACAGCCUCUGCCUCAGUCUCUGUCCCAGCCGCAGCAGCAGCCUCAGCAACAGCAGCCUGUUGGCAUCGGUCAGACGACACCGCCGGUCAGCAGCGGCAGUGCCCAGGAUAGGUACGCUGCCGUGUCACAGCUGGACAGCGUCUUCUCUGAAACAACAUCGGUCACAGCUCCACCUGCCGGCCCACCGCAGUACAGCGCCAUCUUCGGCAGCAGGCUCUCAUCCAGCUCAACUCCUGCCAGCUCCCCUGGUGUCGAUACCGUCUCCAGCUCCCAAAGUUUUGCAAAUUUCCCCAACCCAUUCAGCUCCAGCUCCAGCUCCAGCUCCGCUUCCCAGCAGCCCGUCGCCCUCUCCCCCAGUAACCCCUUCAGUAACGCCUCAGGAGGUGACUCCAGUGCGUUUGUCACCUCACCCACCUCCGUUUUUCCUCCGUCCGGCGCUUUCCCAGCGGCUGCUACCCAGAAUGCAUUUCCUCACGAGUCAGCCACCAAUCAGGAAGCAAAUGGUUUUGCCUCCUUCCCCAGCUCCAAGUCUGUCCUCUAG